GUGCACGAGUCAAUUCUGUUUCCACCGCCGACCGACCGCGUCCGCGUCAGCAUUCCGUCGUACACGAUCACGCGCAUGUCCUCGUCGUCCUUCGUGUCCUACAAGAUUCUGGUCACGACCGAAGACGAGACGUGGAGCGUGCGCCGCCGGUUUAGCGAUUUCGUGUUUCUACGCGACGAACUGCCCGAAUGCGUCAAGCUCGGCCCACUUUUCCCCGAAAAGACGCUUCUCAAGCAGUUCAACCCCAAGCGCAUCGACGCCCGGCGCGUCAAGCUCGAGCGCUACCUCAACGCCGUGUUGUCCCACCCGCACUUUGACGUGCAGAACUCGCUUGCACUAUGCGACUUUUUAGAGAUGGAAUAUGUCGCCGACGAAGCUGUCUACCAAGUCGUGUAGAUGUCUUGUCGGCGGCGCACCAGCGUCUCGAUCCUUAAUUAUUCCUGGCCUGUGGACCCGACCCC